UGGACGUCGUCGGCUGAACUUGGUGCAUAUCUGUUUCGCCCCGCAUCCCUGGUAUAUAGGAGUCGUCAGUAGUUAACAACUCGCAAAGUUGGAGCCGCAACGCAUCCGAUUGAAGUCACCAGAUUAUCCAGUUGACGGUCAUACCUGGGAUUGGAGCUCAGCUUAUGCGCAUCUCCAUAGGUUAGCACAGUGGGUUUGGAUCAUAGGCAACAGUAUUAUAACAUAAAUUUCAACUGCAGCUCUAUCAAAUAUGAGAACGUUGUUGCUGCUGCUGUUGUGCUUCGUGGCUGGUGAGCGCGUGCGGGCGACAAGUGUCACUGCCGGGCCGAUGCAGAUUGAUUCCAUGGAUGCAGACGUUAUAGGUGAUCCGACAAUCCAAACCUGCAGAACAUACCAAGGGAUGUUGUUAUGCCUGGUUGCCACCAUCGCCAAAGCAAACACCAUCCACCUGGCGUUAAGAAUUCGUGGUUACACGGCUGUGCAGGCAGACAUAACUGCCUCUUCUCCCGGCCAAAUCUGCGUGUAUCUUGUCCCGGGUACCCCCAUACAACAACUGUGUAUGAUCCACAGUAACGUUGACUGGACCAGAUACACGGCGUGCGUUGAUGUAUCCGUCAAGAUGAAUGGCCAAAUGUACUGGGAUCCCUUUGGAUGCUUUCAAAUCCCGAACACAAGCUCGUUCAAUUUGGGAGAAUUAUUUUCAAGUGAUGGGAUGGUUACCUCGGCUGCCAGUGAUGAUCCGACAUGCAAACCCGGUGAAUGUCAAAUUUGCAAGUCUUAUCAAGGAAGUGAAGUAUGCCUGGUUGCCACUAUCACUAAUACAGACACCAUCCAUCUGGCGUUAGUAACCAGUGGUUACACACUGGUGGAGGGAGACAUCACGGCCUCCUCUCACAAUCCGAUCUGCGUGGAUAAUGUACCAGGUACCCCCAUACAGCAACUAUGUAUCAACCCCAGUAACGUUGACAUGACCAGCUUCAAAGCGUGUGUGGACGUAUCCAUUAAGGUGAAUGGCCAAGUGUAUACUGUACCCAUGGGCUGUUUCCAAAUCCCGAAACCAAGCUUAAGUUAUCUGCAAGAAUUAUUUUCAAGUGAUGGGAUGGUUACCUCGGCCGCCAGGGAUGAUCCGACAUGCAAACCCGGUGAAUGCCAAAUAUGCAAGUCUUAUCAAGGAAGCGAAGUAUGCUUGGUUGCCACUAUCAGUAAUGCAGACACCAUCCAUCUGGCGUUAGUAACCAGUGGUUACACACUGGUGGAGGGAGACAUCACGGCCUCCUCUCACAAUCCUAUCUGCGUGGACAAUGUCCCAGGUACCCCCAUACAGCAACUAUGUAUCAACCCAAGUAACGUUGACAUGACCAGCUUCAAGGUGUGUGUGGACGUAUCCAUUAAGGUGAAUGGCCAAGUGUAUACUGUACCCAUCGGCUGUUUCCAAAUCCCGAAACCAAGUUUAAGUUAUCUGCAAGAAUUAUUUUCAAGUGAUGGGAUGGUGACCUCGUCCGCCAGUGAUGAUCCGACAUGCAAACCCGGUGAAUGUCAAAUUUGCAAGUCUUAUCAAGGAAGCGAAUUAUGCCUAGUGGCCACUAUCACUAAUCCAGACACCAUCCAUCUGGCGUUAGUAACAAGUGGUUACACACUGGUGGAGGGAGACAUCACGGCCUCCUCUCACAAUCCGAUCUGCGUGGACAAUGUCCCAGGUACCCCCAUACAGCAACUGUGUAUCAACCCCAGUAACGUUGACAUGACCAACUUCAAGGCGUGUGUGGGCGUAUCCAUUAAGUUGAAUGGCCAAGUGUAUACUGUACCCAUCGGCUGUUUUCAAAUCCCGAAGCCAAGCUUAAGUUAUCUGCAAGAAUUAUUUUCAAGUGAUGGGAUGGUGACCUCGUCCGCCAGUGAUGAUCCGACAUGCAAACCCGGUGAAUGCCAAAUUUGCAAGUCUUAUCAAGGAAGCGAAUUAUGCCUAGUGGCCACUAUCACUAAUCCAGACACCAUCCAUCUGGCGUUAGUAACAAGUGGUUACACACUGGUGGAGGGAGACAUCACGGCCUCCUCUCACAAUCCGAUCUGCGUGGACAAUGUCCCAGGUACCCCCAUACAGCAACUGUGUAUCAACCCCAGUAACGUUGACAUGACCAACUUCAAGGCGUGUGUGGGCGUAUCCAUUAAGUUGAAUGGCCAAGUGUAUACUGUACCCAUCGGCUGUUUUCAAAUCCCGAAGCCAAGCUUAAGUUAUCUGCAAGAAUUAUUUUCAAGUGAUGGGAUGGUGACCUCGUCCGCCAGUGAUGAUCCGACAUGCCAACCCGGUGAAUGUCAACUUUGCAAGUCUUAUCGAGGAAGCGAACUAUGCCUAGUGGCCACUAUCACUAAUCCAGACACCAUCCAUCUGGCGUUAGUAACAAGUGGUUACACACUGGUGGAGGGAGACAUCACGGCCUCCUCUCACAAUCCGAUCUGCGUGGACAAUGUCCCAGGUACCCCCAUACAGCAACUGUGUAUCAACCCCAGUAACGUUGACAUGACCAGCUUCAAGGCGUGUGUGGGCGUAUCCAUUAAGCUGAAUGGCCAAGUGCAUACUGUACCCAUCGGCUGUUUCCAAAUCCCGAAGCCAAGCUUAAGUUAUCUGCAAGAACUGCUUAUAGAUGUUUUCCGAACGGACACCAUCAGUGUUGACCAGGAAGAUGACACGUUUGACUUCGCCAUUGGAGAUGAUGACGGCACUGUUGAUGAUGACCCCACAGGUGUGGAUGACGGGAAAACGAUAUGUCACAGAGGAAUGUGUAAAAUAUGCCACCAUCACAAAAAUAUGAAAGCCUGUGUUAUUGCCAAGGCAACCAAGAGAGGAAUGGGUCUCGGACUGGUUGUCAACCACCACAUCCUCCUGAAGGGAAGACUGAGAAAUGAUUCUCCUAUCUGCACGCGUCACGUGCCCAGGUUCCCGGCUGUAAAGUCAGUGUGUCUGGUACCCAGCCGAGUGGACACGACGAAACAGGCCGCGUGCGUCAACGUCACCGCUGAGGUUCGAGACCGGAAGUUCAACCGCUCUGUAGGCUGCUUCAAAAUCCCUCGAGACGACAUCGACGCUCUUCCGGAACUCCAAGGUUUAUUCAGCUCGUUCAUGCAUCGCCUUGUGACUUCCGAUGACGUAUCAACCGGCAGUGACGUUAUCAAUGACAACAAAAAAAACGAUGAUCAGACAUUACGAUUCAAGGGCCAUUAAUAAUAGCGCUCAGUCACGUUGACAGUGCGCUUUGUUUUUAUGAAGUUUUUAGAUAUGAUUAAGAAAAUCCAAGUUAUGAAACUAAAAUGGUCUUGAAAUUCCUUUAAUGAGAAUAGAUCAAUAGGAGGUUAAGUAGAAUCUCAAAUAAAAUGUUGCUGAUAAAGUAUUAGUGCUGAACAGAUAAAGAUGAAGAUACAACGUGUAUACUUCAGAAACGAGCAUACAAUAUUGGCAACUCUUAGAAAUACUGCACGGACUUUGUAUGCAAUAUUUUUUGUAUAUUUUGUACAUGGAACUCGUGUACUCUAUGCUCGACUUGCCACAAUUUGCUUCCUGUUUUUCUAAUGCUACUUAUAUAUUAUGUAUGUACUCCUCCCCCCUCCCUCCUCUCUUUGUAAUUGCACUACUGAAUUUCUUCAAUAAAGCUUAUUCUAUAUGA